UUCUUCCUCGUCUUCCUUCUUUUUCUCUCUCUAUCUCUCUCCUAUUUCUCAGUUUCGAUUCUCAGUACCAUCCACACCUGGCAUUGUAUCUCACAAUAUGGUCUCCGCCAUCCGCGUCGCCCCCUCGGCCUCCACACGCGCCCUCAACCUCCUGCGCACAGUCCAAUACACCCACCCACCUUCUUGUCCGUGUCAUUCGAAUCCCAACCACCAUCACCACCAUCGCACCCCUACGCUAGCCAACCAUGUCCGGCGUCAUAUGGCCACUCCGCCCGACCCAUCGCGCGAAAAGGAAUACGCCUUUGAGAUGGCCGCCUCCAGCAUCCGUUUCGGCCCGGGUGCCACCAAGGAGGUUGGCAUGGACUUUGCCAACAUGAAGGCCAAGCGGGUGUGCAUUGUCACCGACGAAAACGUCUCCAAAUUGGAUGCGAUGAAACAAGCCAUCGAGGGGCUGUCGCGAGAAGGGAUUGAGUUUACCGUCUUUGACAAAGUGCGCGUGGAGCCAAAGGACAGCUCAGUGAAGGAAGCCAUUGCAUUCGCCAAGCCAUACAACCCUGAUGCCUUUCUGGCUGUUGGGGGCGGUUCCGUCAUCGACACCGCGAAACUCAUGAACCUCUACACCGUCUACCCGGAAGCCGACUUCCUCGAUUUUGUGAAUGCCCCACUCGGUAAAGGGCUGCCUGUUGCCAAGGCGCUUCGACCGCUGAUCGCCGUCCCGACCACCGCGGGGACAGGGUCCGAGACGACCGGCACUGCCAUUUUCGACUUGGUCUCCAAGAAAGCCAAGACGGGCAUUGCGCACCGCAACCUCAAGCCCACCCUGGGCAUCUGCGAUCCGCUGAACACGCGGACCAUGCCGUCGGCCGUCCACGCCUCGUCCGGGCUGGACGUGCUGUGUCACUCCCUCGAGUCGUGGACCGCCAUCCCCUACAACGAGCGCACCCCGCGCCCGACCAACCCGAUCAACCGCCCCGCGUACCAGGGCGCCAACCCGAUCUCCGACAUCUUCUCCCUGCAGGCCCUCCGCAGCACGGUCAAGUACCUGCCGCGCGCGGUGAAAGACCCGGAGGACUUCGAGGCGCAGUCGCAGAUGCUGCUGGCGGCUACGCUGGCCGGUGUGGGGUUUGGAAAUGCGGGAGUGCAUCUGUGCCACGGGAUGAGCUACCCGAUUUCGAGUCAGAACCCGGGCUACAAGCAUGCGGGCUACGAGGUGGACCACCCGAUCAUCCCGCACGGGGUGUCGGUGGCGGUGACCGCCCCGGCGGUAUUCCGGUUCACGGCGGCGUCGAACCCGGACCGCCAUUUGGCGGCGGCGGAGGCGUUUGGGGUGGACAUCUCGAACGUGAAGCGGGAGAGCGCGGGCGAGGUGUUGGGGGAGGCGUUGGCGGCGUUUUUGGUAAAGCUGGGGGACCAGCCGCGCGGGUUGAAGGAUCUGGGGUUCCAGCGAGGGGAUAUCGAGUCGCUGGUGGAGGGGACGUUGCCGCAGAAGCGCGUGCUGGAUCUGGCGCCGAACUUGAACAGUGAGUUGGAGGCGGAGAAGGCGGAGUUGCGGGGAUUGUUGGAGGAGUCGAUGGAGUAUUAGUAGCGAGACAUGCAAUGAGUUUGUAGUAGUUGAAGUAUAUAUAUAUAUAGUAGCCAGCCUCGGAAGCUAUUCUGCAAAGAUACCAGG